GAGAAAUGCCUGAAGGCCUCUCCUUCUUCUUCUUCUUCUCUGUUCUGUGAUGGAAACAAAGAUCUGAACAAAUUUUGGGGGUUUUUUUUCGGUGGAACAGAAUGGGUUUGAAUCAUCAAGGCUCUUCCUUUAUUUUCGAUGCUCUUUAUUGUUUGGAAGAACAAGAAGAAGAGGAUCGUUGUUUCGAUAAUGGGAUUGUUAAUAAAUCUAACCCUUUUCCAGUUUUGAUUGAACAAGACUUGUUCUGGGAAGAAGAUGAACUUUCCUCUUUACUUUCCAAGGAGGAGCACAAUCAACUCUUAUACAGCAUUCAAGCCGAUGGAAAUGUAGCUGAGGCUCGCCGGGAAGCUGUGGAAUGGAUGUUGAAAGUCAAUGCUCACUAUUCCUUCUCCGCUCUCACCGCCGUUCUUGCCAUAAAUUAUCUCGAUAGAUUCUUGUCGAGCAUCCGGUUACAAAUCGAGAAGCCAUGGACGACUCAACUAGCUGCAGUCGCUUGUGUUUCUCUUGCAGCCAAAGUGGAGGAAACCCAAGUGCCUCUCCUACUGGAUUUACAAGUGGAGGAGACAAGAUAUGUGUUCGAGGCCAAAACUAUACAAAGAAUGGAGAUUUUGGUACUCUCUUCCCUUCAAUGGAAGAUGAACCCUGUAACCCCACUUUCAUUUCUCGAUUACAUAACAAGGAGGCUUGGAUUAAAGGACUAUCUUUGCUGGGAAUUUCUCAGGAGAUGCGACCACAUUCUGCUCUCUGUCAUUUCAGAUUCUAGGUUUAUGUGCUACCUUCCUUCUGUAAUGGCCAGUGCUACAAUGCUCCACGUUGUUGAUAGUGUGGAGCCUAAUCUUGGAGUAGAAUAUGAAAAUCAGCUAUUAGGCAUCCUGGGAAUUGAUAAAGACAAGGUAAAUGAAUGCUGUGAGUUGAUAAUGGAAUCGGCAACAAGAGUAUUCGAAGGCAACGAAUCGAAGAAGCGCAGGUUUAGCACCGUCCCCGGAAGCCCGACCGGUGUGAUUGAUGUCUCGUUCAGUUCCGACAGCUCGAUCGAAUCAUGGGCGGUGGCAUCAUCGUCAGUGUCUUCCUCACCUGAGCCUAUGUCGAAGAAGAGCAGAACUCUGGAAAUGCUAAGCAUUCAGUGAAUUUCCAUCUCAAUUUCAGGCUAUAAAUAGUGUAAUAUGUAAUAAUAUUGAUGUUGUUUUGUAUGGAUGGGAGUUAAAUUGCUUA